AUGUAUUUUCAUCUGUGAAUCAUUGUUAAUCUUCUAAGUACUUGACAUCAGGCAAGCGAGAGUCAUAAAAAAGUAGCAACAAACUUCCAAAUAAAGACAUAAUAAUUAUAAAUCAAGACAGUCAAGAUGUUUUCCAGUGGACCAAAUUACACCAAAUUAAAAACACACCUUAGGUUAGCUAUCAACAGAUUAAAGCUUUUAGAAAAGAAGAAAACUGAGCUGGCACAAAAGGCAAGGAAAGAAAUCGCUGAUUACAUUGCUGCUGGCAAAGUGGAAAGAGCGAGAAUUAGGGUAGAACAUAUUAUUAGAGAGGAUUACAUGGUGGAAGCAAUGGAACUUCUGGAGAUGUACUGUGAUUUAUUACUUGCUCGCUUUGGUCUCAUCCAACAGAUGAAAACACUAGACGACGGGUUGUCAGAAGCCAUAUCAACAAUAAUUUGGGCUGCCCCACGUUUACAGACUGAUGUUCAAGAGAUGAAAGUAAUAGCAGAUAUCCUUACCGCAAAGUACGGUAGACAAUAUACAGAUGCUUGUCGUGAGGAAGCUCUGCAAACAAUAUCAGAAAAACUCAAACACAAAAUGAGUGUGCAGUCUCCAUCAAAAUUAUUAGUAGAAAAGUACUUGAUUGAAAUUGCCAAAAAUUAUAACGUAGAGUAUGAGCCAGAUCCUCAGAUCAUGGCAGAAGGUCAAGAUGCAAUGUUGAUUGAUAUUGGGGGAAAUGGUGGUCAGCCACAAAACAAUUUGGAUCAGGCUAGUGGUGGUGUACCACAACCAGUAGGCUUUAUUGGAUUUCCACAGCUUCCUAUUCCUCCAAAUUCAAUGAACAUGGCUGGUGGUAGUUCAUUACCUAUGGGAUUUACACCGCCAAGUACAUCCAGUCCAUCAGAGAAAACCGAAAAUAAUUUUAAUCCUGUAGCUAUGUCUUAUAAUAUUCCAUUAAACAGUGUAAAACUUGAUGAUGAUCAACCACCACCUUAUGGAUCAUUUCCACCAGACUUAAAUAAACAGUCUGAUCAGAAACCAAAGCCUCAACCACGCUCCAAAAUGCCAAUGAACGAUUUCAAUCUGCCCGAUUUACCAACCGUCCCGACAGACACUGAUACGCCGCCGUCGAAUAAUGCCAGCGGUGAAAACGGUGACGACAUCGACUUCGAUGACUUGAUGAAGCGGUUUGAGAACUUGAAAAAACGGCAGUGAUUAUAUCUCGUUUUUGUGCUGGCAUAAAGUAUUAUUUUUUUAAAGCAAUUUUAUUGACGCUGUACGUAUUUUAAUAGUUAAUCUUACGCACUUUGAUAUCAGGUAGUUAGGAGUGUGCCUUUGUACAAAAGAAAAAGUAACUGUAAGAUAACGCUUUUAAUUAUUUUUUUUCUCUUGAAAAAAUCGUGUAAUUUUUUAUUUUAAAAAUAAGAUUUACUAUUCUGUACAUAAAAUGUUACGAUAUCAAUAUAUACGCAUAA